AUGACGAGGGAACAACAUGCUUUAAGAGAACACGAAUUUAUAAAUGAUACAGAAACAAAACUCGAUGAAUAUAUAGCACAUGGAAGAGAAGUGCUUCAUAAUAUUUACGAUCAAAAUAAUAUAUUAAAGAACGCACAAAGAAAAAUGCUUGACGCAGCAAAUACACUCGGAUUGUCUCGUAAUGUGAUUCAGUAUAUUGAGCGUAGAAUGUCUCAAGAUAAAUGGAGAACCGGCGAUCUUAAAAAGUUGGAAUAUUGUACAAAAAUAAUCUUGACCGUUUUAUAUUUUGCACUUCCUACUACUGCAAAACUUAAAGUUAGUGAUAUAGAAACGUAUAGCUUACAAUCCAAUGGAUUUCAACUCACAAUCUCUGCAUCUAAAUAUUUAUUUGAAAACACUAUUAUAACAGUUGAUUUACAAGACAUUGAGGUACCAAGGACCGUAGAAGGAUUUUCUAAACUUGUAAAGGCGGUGAAAAUUAUCUUAUCAUGGAAAGCCAGGACUAGAAGAAAUACAGAAACGUUUUAUGAAGUGUUAAAAAAGGGUCAUGAAUGCCUAAAAAAUGGGGUAUUUUUUAGGCCAAAAAAAAUGGCUAUAGUUUAA